UUAUUCCUAAGCUGUAGAAAACCGGUGCAUACAGAUGCUAUAUUCCUCCCGCAGAUCCUGAGGAAAAUACUUGGUAUGGACGAGAGCAACGAUACAGUAGCGAGGCUCUGUCGCUCGCUCUUGAUUAUCACAAUUGGAUGAUCACAAUGUGGUUUGCGACUAUUACGAGAGCUGACGGAGGCGGAGUCGCAGUAGUGCAGAUGCAUGCAGCUACUGACGUUGUGCAAAAAUGGAUUGCGGUCGGACGAUACCAGAGUUGCUGACAUCACGAAGUCACUGUUUGGGUACUGCACGCCUAACAAGCUCGCCAUGCUUGCGCGAGUGCUGAGCCCAGGCAUAGGCCGCGUAUUCGUCGCGUCUAGUCGCGUCAGGUUAGGGAUAGCUGGAGGUGCGCAAGAACUUGUACACACCUCAGGCGCCCGCGCUAGCGGUUUGGGUGGAAAUGAUCCAUCCCACCAGGGAGGUGAGGCAUCGUCCAGAAAUCAAGCAUUGCCGAUCGUUAGCAUGCGAACCUUUGUCCUAGCUACUGGCACACACAUAAAAGUGGUCUCUUUAUCCUGUUUCAUGUGGGCAUGUGUGCCAUCGACGGUGGCGCUGCAUUUCGUCCAAGCAUGUCUGCACCCAGCCCUCAGCCGCUUCGGCAGAAAUGGAUUUUUCACUCAUCACCAGGCUGGUCAGACCUGCAUCCGUCUGCAAGCCUCACAAGUCAAGAACAGCCUCUGAUGCCACUCCAUCGCACAGCAGAUCAUCUCUUUGAUAGUGGAUGCUCUCAUCGCAUGAUACUUCGUCAAGA